GCCGAGAAGGAGAGCAUUCUGACUGAGAAGGUGCAACUGUUAGCGCGGGUUCGAGAGCAAGCAAAAGAGCACUUACUGGAGAGCAGAGAUCAUGCCAGAAAGCAAAGGGUGGCCGAGGAAGCCAAGAAAGACAGGCACAGAGAGGAUGUGCUCAUAGAGGUAGCGGCCAGGCUGGAGUCCAAGAAGAAGGAAAAGAAGGAAGCAGAACGGCGAUUACGAAAGGAACUGCAAGAGAUUGCAACGAAGCAGCAGUUUCAGCUAAGCAGUCAAGAUGCCCUCGAAGCAAAGCAGAAUGCAGACCAAGUCUCUGGACUCAACAGGGAAGUCUUUCGGCGUCAGGAUCGGCUGCUGACGGAGCAGCGGAAGCAAGACCACCUGAAGGCUCGUGCGAAGGAUCAGCUGAAGAAGAACGUGGAGUGUGAUCACAGGCAUUACUUGGAAAUGCAAGAUACGGCAGAUCGGAGAACAGAAAAGGCCAGGCGCGCAGACACGGCAUUCAAGAACGAGGUUGCAAAUGCAUAUCGUCACGCGAGAGAUCUGCAGCACAGCCACGAGAACAAGCACAUCGAUAUGUGCGGCCAUUCGGCGAAUGCAUACUGGAAGAGGUGUUCCAGCCUGCCUGUUUUGCAUGCGUAG